AUGGCGGUAAUUGAAACCAAGAAACCUAAUGUUGCAAUCUUGCCUGGUCUAGGCAUGGGCCACAUAACUCCCUGCCUCGAGUUGGCUAAAUCCCUAGUCACCAACCAUGAUUUCCAAGUAAGUUUUCUUGUCAUCAAAACCAAUGAACCCUCAGCAGCCCAAGACCAGCUCCUCGGUUCACCAACACUUCCUGACAACCUCAACAUUAUCGAACUCCCAUCUGUCGAUGUCUUUGCCAUUACCACUAACGACAUGCCCAUUCUUACCCGCAUUUCUACAAUACUAGAAGAGAGCCUUCGGUCACUAGAAUCAGUUCUUGUUGGACUAGAUAACCCAAAGGCUCUGGUCAUUGAUUUGUUCUGCUCUAAGGCAUUUGAAGUUUGUGAGCAACUUGCAAUUCCUGUUUACUCUUUCGUAUCUCUUUCAGUUUCUUUUCUCGCUUUCUCUUUGUAUUUCCCCACUCUAGACAAUGAAGUGGAGGGCGAACUUGUUGAUCUUCCCAGACCGGUUCAGGUUCCGGGUUGCUCUCCAGUUCGAACUGAGGACCUUAUUGAACCGAUCAGGAACCGAAAGAUCGAUGAGUACAAAUGGUUCUUAAUUCACACAAGCCGUUUACCACGGGCGGUUGGGAUGUUUGUUAAUAGUUGGGAGGGUCUUGAACCGGUGUCAAUUCAAGCGAUAAGAGAGCAUUCAUUCUACAAGGACAUCCCCGCACCAUCGGUUCACCCAGUUGGACCGCUUAUUAAACAACCACUUAUCAAAGAAAAAGAAUCAGAAUCGUUGACAAUGUCAGAUCUCAAGUGUCUGACGUGGUUAGAUAAGCAACCGGCUGAUUCGGUCCUCUUUGUAGCAUUUGGUAGCGGUGGGAGUUUAACGGCGGAGCAGCUAACGGAGUUAGCAUGGGGCCUAGAGUUGAGUCAGCAACGCUUCUUAUUAGUAGCUCGCUUGCCAAACGAUAGUAAUGUCUCGAGCAUGUAUUUCAAAGCCGGGAGUGAUGUGAACGACCCAAAGACGUAUCUGCCACCGAGUUUUUUGGAGAGGACACAAGAAUUGGGUCUGGUGGUCCCUUCAUGGGCCCCGCAAGUUAUGGUGCUACGUCAUCCGUCCACUGGUGGGUUUUUGUCUCAUUGUGGGUGGAAUUCAACCCUGGAGAGUGUUUUUCACGGUCAGCCAAUGAUAGCGUGGCCGUUGUUUGCAGAGCAAAGGAUGAAUGCCGCGAUGAUGGAGGAGGUGGUGGGGGUGGCGGUGAAGCCGGUGGUGGAACUGGGAAAGAGAGUUGUGGGAAGGGAAGAGAUUGAGAGGGUGGUGAGGCUUGUGAUGGAAGGAGAGCAAGGGCGUGCUAUGAGAUGUAAGGCUAAAGAGUUGCGAGAGAGUGCAAUAAAAGCUUUGGAUUGUGGAGGGUCGUCUUAUGAGUCGCUUGCUCGUGUAGUGAGGGAGUGGAUAUAACUCACAAAUAUAUAAAUACAUGUCAUAUUAAUAAUCUUCUAUGGAGGAGACUGUAAUUUUUCAUAUAAAUAAAUGACAUUUUUCACCUACUUCAUUCAUUAAUAAAAGAAAAAUACAUUUUUAUAGUUUUAUCACAUUAAUGGAUACCCUAGUUGUCACGCCCCGACCCUCGGAGUGUGAGGAAAAUUAGAAAGUGACACAACAACACCACACACAAGAAUAAAUCACGUAAAAAAUCGGACAACAUCUUCUUAUAAAAUUAAAGAAUACCUCCCUGUAAAUGUAAAAGCAAUUCAAGAUAUCAUAUAUCCAACAGAAUCCAAAUCAAGACCCUUAGGGCCCACAACCACCUCCUUAUUGCUCGUCACAGGAGUCCCAAUAAUUCGGAGCAUCCUCCUGGUCAUCCGACAUCGAUCUAGAGACACAAUUUCAUAAUACAUAAAUAUAUAUCCAAAUCAAAUAAAAAAAAUCCAAAGUCCAAAACAUAAGUCAAUCAUCAACCCAAGCCACCGCGAUCACACCCCCUCCUGUUGAUCUGGAGGACCUAUAUCAGAAGCAGACUCA